AUGCUUUUUGAAAGUUUUGAUCUCGUCUCGGCACUGGCUACCCUCGCGGCGUGCUUGGUGUCACUGACUUUGCUGCUGGCCGUGUCCCAACAGCUGUGGCAGCUCCGCUGGGCUGCCACCCGCGACAAAACCUGCAAGCUACCAAUCCCUAAAGGCUCUAUGGGAUUCCCUUUAAUCGGAGAAACCUUCCACUGGCUCCUGCAGGGCUCCUGCUUCCAGUCUUCGCGGCGGGAGAAGUACGGGAACGUGUUCAAGACGCACUUGCUGGGGCGGCCGCUGGUGCGGGUGACGGGCGCGGAGAACGUGCGGAAGAUCCUGAUGGGGGAGCACCACCUGGUGAGCACCGAGUGGCCGCGCAGCACCCGCAUGCUGCUGGGGCCCAACACCGUGGCCAACUCCAUCGGCGACAUCCACCGGCACAAGAGGAAGGUUUUCUCCAAAAUCUUCAGCCACGAGGCCCUGGAGAGCUAUCUGCCCAAGAUCCAGCUGGUGAUCAAAGACACCCUCCGGGCCUGGAGCAGCAACCCCGAGUCCAUCAACGUCUACCACGAGACCCAGAAGCUCACCUUCCGCAUGGCCAUCCGCGUCCUGCUGGGCUUCCGCAUCCCCGACGAGGAGCUCAGCCGCCUCUUCGAGGUCUACCAGCAGUUUGUGGAGAACGUCUUCUCCUUGCCCAUGGACCUGCCCUUCAGUGGCUACAGGAGGGGCAUCCGGGCACGUGAGACGCUGCAGAAAGGGCUGGAGAAAGCCAUCCAGGAGAAACUGCAGAACACACAAGGCAAGGACUAUGCUGAUGCACUGGACAUCCUGAUAGAGAGCGGCAAAGAGCACGGCAAGGAGCUCACCAUGCAGGAGCUGAAGGACGGCACCCUGGAGCUCAUCUUCGCCGCCUACGCCACCACCGCCAGCGCCAGCACCUCUCUGAUCAUGCAGCUCCUCAAACACCCGCGGGUGCUGGAGAAGCUGCGGGAGGAGCUGCGCAGCAAGGGCAUCCUCCACAAUGGCUGCAUCUGCGAGGGCUCCCUGCGGCUCGACAACAUCAACGGCCUGCACUACCUGGACUGCGUCAUCAAGGAGGUGCUUCGCCUCUUCACCCCCAUCUCGGGGGGGUACCGGACGGUGCUGCAAACCUUCGAGCUGGAUGGUUUCCAAAUCCCCAAGGGCUGGAGCGUCAUGUACAGCAUCCGGGACACCCACGACACCGCCCCCGUCUUCAAGGACGUGGACGUCUUCGACCCCGACCGCUUCGGGCAGGGCCGCAGCGAAGACAAGGAGGGCAGGUUCCACUACCUCCCCUUCGGAGGGGGCGUACGGACCUGUCUGGGGAAGCACCUGGCCAAGCUCUUCCUCAAGGCGCUGGCCAUCGAGCUGGCCAGCACCAGCCGCUUUGAGCUCGCCACCAGGACUUUCCCCAAAAUCACCCUGGUGCCCGUGGUCCACCCAGUCGACGGACUCAAGGUCAAAUUCUUUGGACUGGAUUCCAACCAGAACGAGAUCCUGACGGGGACAGACGCUAUGCUGGGGGCCACGGUGUAG